AUGGGAAGAAAGAAAAUACAAAUUUCUCGCAUUCUGGACCAGAGAAACCGACAGGUUACAUUCACCAAACGCAAAUUUGGCCUGAUGAAGAAGGCAUAUGAGCUGAGUGUGCUCUGUGACUGCGAGAUUGCCCUCAUCAUCUUUAACAGCACCAACCGCCUAUUCCAGUACGCCAGCACCGACAUGGACAAAGUGCUGCUCAAAUACACAGAGUACAGCGAGCCACACGAAAGCCGUACCAACACCGACAUACUUGAAACUCUCAGGAGGAAAGGGCUCGAUUUGGACGCCUCGGAGCUUGACGGCGAGGAGAGCAUUCAAGUUACCGGCCAUAGAUAUCAAUAUGGCGACAGUGUGGAACUGUCUGCGGGCCGCCAGCGUCUUUAUGCUCCAUCCCUGCGCACCCCAGAGGCUCAGUUCCUCAUGUCAGAGAGCAAUUUAGCUGUCUCAUCCGGACCUGGUCUGCCCCCUCAUCGACCCCCGGGUCCACCAGCGGCUCACACUUCCUUCAUGCCUCCGCACACAGGUAUCGGCUACUCAGUCUUCUCCCACGUGAGUCGAGGGCUCGAUCCGAAAAGCCCCCCUCCUCCGUCUUCUCUGACCCUGCCUGGUGACGCGGCUGAUCAGAGCUCACGCACAGGCCCCAACCCUGCCGUAAACCGGGGGGUCUUGUACCAGACGGGCCUGCACGGCGCCAUGGGCAAAGCUGGUCUUCUGGGCCACACUCUGGCUGGCUAUGGACUAGCCUCCCCUGGAGCUUGUGAGUACAGCCAACCUAGUUUCUAUCAUUCUUUGAGUCUGCAACGAGGCCCAGUAAACUCAUGGCAAAACAUACAGUCUGCACACCAGCUCCAUGGGCAUAAUAUAAAUCAAGGGAUGUCCACAGGGACGUGCUCUUUCCCUUCUCCUUCUUUCUCCUCCACCUUGGCACAUUCUCCCCGCAUCAGUUUGCGCAUCAAAUCUGAGCGCAACUCCCCAGAGCAGCACAUGGCCUCUCCUGCCUCCUCACCUUCACAUGGCCCCAGGCAGGAAAAGUCGCCCGCGAGUGGGCCCACAUCAGCCCGUCACAGCCCCCUGGAAGCUGGGGCCGAAACAUACUCGUGCAACCGAGAGGAUGGAGGGAUGGCUGGGCAGUCACAUGCAUAUGAGGGAUGGCAAAGAUAG